GUUAACUUGCUCUUCUCGUCCUUGCACGCCGCCGAGUGUCUUCACUCUUCACUACCUCACUUCCACUACUCUCACACUCUCAGGCUAACUAUAAAUGAAAAUCUUUUUGGUGCUACAAAUGUGCUGAGUUUGGAAAUAUUGUUGCAUGGCUCCUGCUCAACCAUUUAUGGACAUUGACCUAGACAUUAAACCUCCCAUCGCAGCAAAAAUGGCACUUGAUAAGGAGAAGAGGAGUUCCCCAACAAACUCAGAUGGGAAGGGUUUAAGGUGCAAGAGUAACUGCGGAAGCACCAACAUAGAGACACAAGCUAUGUUGGAUGAUCAAACUAAGGCUCUAAAGUGCCCUGAGGAUCUUGAGGUUGAUAUAAUUGGAUGUACAGUUAAAAGUGAAAUAAGGUCCAUUAAAAGAGAGGACCCAGAUGCGACUGAAUAUUCAAGCUCAUUUGCCGACACUACAUCUAAUAAUGAGAAUUGCUCCGGAUUGAGUGAAGGAGAAGUCGAAUCACAAUUCUUUGGUGAUGACAGUUUAGCUUCUGCAUUUGAUGCGUUCAGUAGUUCACUUCAGAUGAGGAAGAAGAAGUUGACAAAUCACUGGAGGAACUUUAUACGCCCUUUGAUGUGGCGCUGCAAAUGGACGGAAUUGAAAAUUAAGGAAAUAGAGUCACAAGCAUUAAAAUAUUCCAGGGAGAUUGCAGCAUAUGACCAGAGAAAACACUUGGAAUUCGAUCAGCUUACAUCUGAAGGAUUAGACUCAAAGUCAUUGCCAUUUUCUCGCCAAUGUUAUAGAAAAAAGGCUAUAAAGAGGAGGAAACGAAAGAGAGUUGAAGACACUGCUGAUAUAACAUCAUAUAUGUCUCAACAUAACCUUUUCUCUUAUCUUGAAAUUAAGAAGUCUGAUCCAGAUGGCAAUUUGUUGGCUGAUGAUUUUGGUAACCCAGUAAUCACAGACCAAAAUGAUGAUUGCAAUGACAAAUUUGGCAUUGGUAAUAAUUGGUCAUUUCUUGAGUUUAGAGAUGGUGAACAAAUUUUGGAGCAAGUUCUUUGGAAAAUUGAAAUGGUGCACUCUCGGGUUCAUAAGCUAAAGAGUCAAAUUGACAUGGUACUGUCUAAAAAUGCUGCAAGGUUCUCUUCCUCUGAGAAUUUGAGCCUUCUGGCACUUUGUGAUGCACAGACUAGCUCUGCUCACAGUCCUACUUUCUCUGCUGGCAAUGGAGACAAUGUAUCAGUGGGUCCCGUGUAUUCUCCAACUAAGCAUGCAUCUGAGUGUGACAAUGUAGAUCUUGUUAUGCCUGGAAGUGCCAUUUUAAGUUAUGGGGAGACAAUUCAUGUACCUGAUAUAAUUGAAAGCACAGCAGGACUGUUAUCUGCAGCUGAUGUCACCCUCCAUCAGCCACAGAUUGGAGAUUCAUGUGAAGAUAUUGUAGAUAGUGUUCUGGUAAAUAGUGAGGCAGGUGAAGCAGAGAAGGACAGUUUCAAAAAGGUAGAUAGUCAUUCCACAGAGAUGCAUCAGGAGGCAGAGAUAGGAGACCAAGAAGAAAGCACCAAUCCCCCUUCAAUUCCAACAUCAGAACCACCCCUUACUGUGGCAAAAUCUGUUGGGCCUCAGGAGCAAUCAUCUCUGUCAUCUUGUUUAGCUUCAGAAGUCCAUUUUCCAAGGAAUAAGAGAAAGCGUGGGGAGCGAAAAGCAGGCUCUGGUGGCUGGAGCAGGAGAUCCACAGGUGAGCCUACAGCCAGUGAGUAAGAAUUUGUUGUUUGUUCUAUGUACUUGCACAAAGUAGGGACUUAUCCACAAGUUGAUGCAUUAACAUGUAGCUCCUGCAACCACUAUUAGAUUUAUCAAUUCUACAGUUUCUCUAGUUUUAGUGGGAAAAUUUCUUAGCCUACAAUAGCAAAAUUGCAACCUCAGUGAGUGAGAAUUUCUUACCAACCAAGGGUGGUGGUUCAAUGGCCCAAGGAAGUUUCCAAGUGGUCAGGGCAUGUACUAGGGCAUGGGUUCCAAUCUCCGCAAUGAAGAAUCCCCACAUAUGCCUGAUUAGUAUUACUUGCCUUGAAUUCCCAUUGAUACCCUGGUGGGGCUGAGUCAAGUUAUGGCUUAGUCGGACUUAAGGGAGCACCUGCAGUUCUCAUCGUCUAGGCCCCUACUGUGCGGCUCCUAGCGGGUAGGUACUACUAUGAUCAUGCCCAGAUAAGAUAGCUACAAUUAGUCUCCCCGGCCUACCUUUUUUUAGGGAAAAAAAAAGAGUAGGAUAAUUCUACACGUGUCAACUUCGUUUAUCUUUCCACCACUCGUGUCAACUUCUUUGUCAUACUCUUAUUGGUGCUGAUGUGGUAUUUAACGGUUUUCGUUCAAAAUUAGGUGUAGGAACCUAUUUGUUAAUUUUGUAUAUUAUAAGAAGCUCUCAUAACACUUUUAUACGACAGAGAGCUUAUUGCAAAUCAAUGUAACGAUAGGGUUUGAUUUUG